GUUGGUGCCGACAGGGUCGGGGCUCCGUCUUUGGCGUGAAUGGCGUCCCCUUCAGAGCAUUUCUUCCCAUUUCAGGAACCUCGGCUGUCCAGCAACAUGAAACGAAACAUCCAAAAUCAACAUGGAACGCGACCAUGGCAAUGUAACCAUACUUCGUCAAGAUCUUGAACCAUGAAUUCUUAAUCAACCUGGCACUGCCUCUUUCACGUUUCUUUUCCCGUUCCCAGUCAAUAGCUGGAUCUCCAACGUGGCUUAACCAAUGUUUCGAAACAUGGAACGCCGGAUCGCGGCUCCGUGAGUGUCAUGGAGGACUGCCAUGAUCUUCGAGUAGGAGUUCUGUAUACAUACUCAGCUCUCCGGUAAUCAUCAUGUCUUCUGGCGACCAUCAUUCAGCCAAAAGCCACCAUGUUUCCCAAAAUGAAGCAAAGCGCCAGAAACACAAGGGGAUCCUCCAGGUCGCGUCUGGGAUCUGAAAUGGUCCAUGUGCUCGUUGGCAAAGAACAACGCGACUUUCAAAUGCACAAGAAACUUCUCUGCACAACCAGCAUCUUCUUCCGCGACCACAUCGAAGCCGCCCAAAAAGAAAGCAACGGGACCGACUCCGAACCCGAAGACUCGGUCCUCUGGCUCCCUGAAGAGUCCCCCGAAGUAUUCGAACUAUUCAUCGUCUGGCUCUACGACCGCCGCGCCUUUCAAGCAUACGUCGACAGCGCCAUAGAAAAGGCCGCGAGAGAUCGAGUUUCCCCCACCUCCUCCCCCAGCCGAAUAUCUCCUGCGCGACAAUCGCCGUCCCGAGUUGGAACUACCCGACACGCCGAAACAAGCGACAGUGGCCGGCGCACCCUCCGUUGGAACCUUGUUCGUCUGCAUCUCUUCGCCGAGGUAAUAGACCUCCCCGCCCUACAAGACGCCUCGAUGGACGCCCUACAAGAUAUGUACCUCCUCUGCGACUGGGACAUGUCGCCGGGGUUCAUAUCCUUUCUAUACGGGGACUGUUCGCUCGAGAAUGCAGUCAGGCUGCGCAAAUGGGCCGUGGCAAUGCUGGCGUGGACGCUGCACGGCGGGGAUGGCACGUCAAGUCAGUUUGAGAAGCUGUUUGCUGUCUUCCCGAAACUCAAAGCGGAUUACGGCAUUCACUUUAACAAGAUGGCGGCGAGCAAGGCCGACAUAAGGAUCAAAAACCCGCAGUUGAGGCUACCCAUGAAUAAUCUAAGGAGCGAGGAGCGCUUCUUUGGGUUUAGGCAAUGCUCGUUUCAUAGCCAUCGGUCGACGGUUGGGGAAGGGGUUUGUCCCCAUUUGAUUACGGGGCUGGAAGGGAUAGAUGAUAUGGAGACUAGGUCGACCAUGAUGGGCGAGGAUAUUAUUUCAGAGGAGGAUGAAGAGGAGCUGGAGGGCGAGGGGGAGAGUUCGGAUAACGAGGAGAUUAUUACGCCUGUGUGCGAUAUGGAAACUUCUUUCCUGGACCUUUCAUAGCUUGAGCCGGUGUCUUUUGUUUUUCCGGAGUUCAGGUCAAAAAAGGGUGGCUGCUGGAGCAACAUACUAAUACAACUAAUACAUUCUGUUUGACAGCCGAUCCAAGCAUAUGUGUCAGAACCACCUACUUCGAAAACACUAACGUCAUCCUUGAUUACACUCAGUCAUCUUCAUCCCCUAUUCUUUGUUGAUCCUACCCCGCCAUCAACAUCGGGUAACCGUCGCAGUCGGGUUCGAAGGCUGAACGAGAAAAAGAGGUCGAGUUAGUUCAUACACUAAGCGAAACCGAAACCAAUGAAACCCAAAACAAAGACACAAAAGAAACGUAAACACGAGCACAGAAGGCUUUUUGGAGUUCCGUCUGUGAGACUCAAUCAAUAACCUCAUUGAUUUGCUCCAGUUUCGAAAC